AAUAAAAGUGCAUCAUUUAUUAAUUAAAGUAUGAUCAAAAAUAUUGUAACAAAGGCGAAUUGCUCAGGGAAAAAUAUAUCGUGGUAAAAUAGUUUUAGUUGUAUAGAUUUAAAACAUUUAAUCGUCAUAAUCAAGUAACAUAAGAAAUUAUAUAUUUAAACAUAAAAUAGUCAAGUACUAAUUGUAAUUAUAAUUAUAUUACAACUAAUAAUUUAAAGUAAGAUUCUUUAUUGUACAUAACUAAUAUUCAUUUAUAAAAAUAAUGUUGUUAUAUACAAGAUAUAUUUUUAAAAAUAUUAUAUUUAUAGCAAAAAAUGUUUGACAAAAAUGUUUGUCAAAAUUGUUGAUAGAAUAGAAAAUAAAGAGAAAGAGAAUACUAUUUUUAUAAUAUAUUGAGAGAAAUAAUAUUACUCUUUGAGCAUAAUAUUAAUGUAAAAAUUUUUCAUGGAAUAAUAAGUUCAACAGAGAUCAGACUAUACAUUAAGUUUGAAGAUAUUACUUAUCAUAUGACCUGACUUUUAAACGCACAAGUUUGAAAUCACGUACGUCAUGCAUCAAUCUUUAUUCAUUUUACCGAAGAUUUUAAGCUUACAUAUAUAUACGAUUAAAUAAAAUAUUUUGUUACAUUCGUUGCAUAAAAACAAUUAUAUUAUUUGCGAUAAAAAAUUUUUAAAUAAAAUAUUAAAAAACAAACCUCUAUUUUUAUAUAAUAAAAUAUAUUAUAUUAUUUAUAUUAUUAUACGCAUAUUAAUAUAUUGUAAUAUGUAUAUUUCAUAUUUUUAAAAUAAUCAUGUUAUAUAACAACUCUAUAUGAAAAAUAUUUAUAUAUCAUAAAAAUAACAAUGUUACAUUGCAGUUAUGUUCGAUGUAAUAAAAAGUAAUAUUUCAUUGUUAUACUCAUGAUAUAUUACAGUUAUAUUAUAAUAAAUAACUUGUGUUAUAUUAUUUGUUAUUUUCAUGUUAUAUUGCUGCAAUAAAUGGUGUUUACUGGGUUUAUACUUACUGCAAGAAGUGUUUGCAUUUCUCUAAAAAAAUAAAAAUUAGUUUGGAAGAUUAAAAGAUUGAAUUCAAAAUUACUUUUUAAUAUUUCAUUGAUGUUCAAAUCAGCUAACUAGAGUCUAACAAUAAAAAUAUAUUAAUCUGUUAUCUGCUCAACUGCUAAAGAAAAACAUCAUUUUGUCGAAUUUAUGCUUCAAGCAGUUAUUACCUUUAAUGUAUAGAUGGCGAGAGCAGUUCUAUCUCUCACAAUCAGCUGAUAUUCUGUUUCAAUGUACUAUAAAUUCAGAGACAGUUCAAAUAAUCAAUCGCAGAGUGUGAAUCUGAAAUAAUUUUGUUUCUUGCACAUUUAUAAAUAAAUAAAAAAAAAUUAUAUUUAAAUUUUAAAACAAAAGAGAUAGGUGUGGAAAAAUUUAUUCUAUUGAAAAAUGUUUAAUACCAAGUCCUUUGACGUUGUGAGUUUCAAUUCGGAAUUGUCUACAACAAAACUGGAAACACCUGCAAAUGUUCAAACCACAGAAAUAAUUUAUACUGCUGAUGAUACACAAACCACAGAUACAAGGAGUAUUGGGAUUCAGACAAUAAAUAAACAGAAUACGGACAUACAAGUAGAUUAUGAUAAAUUGGCAGAAUUUCUAAAAAGAGUUACACCAGGAAUUCUGGAAGUUCUUGACGAAGCUUAUGGUAGCAAUGCUUUUGAUGAUUAUAAUCCUAAUGUUACAGAAACUUCUUCUACUAAUGUAGAGAUAUUGAAAAAGAUAAACACAUUGAAAGAAUCAGAUACUCAGAUCAAAGUAAGUGACCUAUCAUGGAGCACAGUUGGUGGUACAUUAGCAGUAGGCCUCAGCCAUAUCUAUCACGAAGCAUGGUGUGAUCAUCUUUCUACAAUUCAAUUAUAUAAUUUAACAAUAGAAGAUAAUCUCAUCGAUGAACCCACCAAAACUUUAGAGACAAAUGGAUGUAUUGCAACAUUAUGUUAUCACCCAACAGAACCUUCUAUUCUUGCAGCUGGAUUGUCUAAUUGGGACGUAUUGGUCUGGAAUCUUAGAAAUGAUGAUUCUAUUACACCCACACUUGUAUGUACACAUAGCGAUUGUGUAUCUCAAGUAUGUUGGAGACCAAGAUCAGUGAACGACGUGUCAUUAUUAUUAAGUUCCAGCAAAGAUGGAUAUAUACUGAUUCAUAAAUUGACAGCCAAUUUUACUACUGUACAGUUGCAUAAACGAUUCAAGAUAGUCAAAGAACGUAAUCCAGUGGAAAAUGCUAGGCCACGGAGCGCUGGAGGUACUCGCGAGCGCGCUGCGGAAGCAGGAUUGUGCAUUACGAGUUUUGAUUUUUCUCCACGACAUUCUAGUAUAUUUAUCGUUGGAACAUUAUGUGGUGGAAUCUACAAAUGUAGUUUAGACAGUGUAACUUCCAUCGAAGGAGAUGCCACGCUCAUAGAUCCCGUAAUUGACGAAUAUGAAAGACAGGGAGGUAGCAUUACCUGUAUCAAGUGUUCAUCGUUACAUGAUUUAUUUGUCAGCAGUACUACAGAUAAAGAAAUCCGUAUAUAUAAUCUUGACGAGCACGUCAGUCAGCACACCAUUUCUGUGGACAAUACAGUCGUGGGAUUAACAUGGAUGAUUGGCAAUCAGGAUAUAUUUGCGGCGUACGGAGCGGAUGCGUAUAUAAAAUUCUACAAUGUCACGAAUGCUAAACCCAUGACAUGUGCAAAAUUCGAAAUUACUAGCAAACAAAGCAUCAGCAGCUUACGCGUCAAUUCUAAGAGAGAUAUUCUGGCUGUUGGAGAUGUUCGGGCAAAUGUUGAAAUAUGGAAAUUUCCACGUCACUUGUUUUGAACAUAACUCUGAUCGACGGUUACUUGCGAUAUUUGCUGAAUGGACUGACACUACUACAUAUACUCUAUAUUGCACGUGUAUAUCCACGUUUUUACGCAAAUAAACUAUUACGAAACAUUGA